UCUAACCUUCAAAUAGCCAAAUGUAGGAACUAAGAAUUCCUUGUGUCAAUACAAGUAAUAUAUAUAUAAAUCUCCCGAUUAUAACUGCAUGCGGAGUUAAGAGCUUCUCUGUCACACACACACUACACAGUAGCCGAGAGAGACCGGAGGGAGAGAUGGGGAGGAAGCCAUGCUGCUCCAAGGAGGGCCUCAACAGAGGAGCAUGGACAGCAAUGGAGGACGAGAUCCUGGUGUCCUACAUCAACAGGCACGGCGAGGGCAAAUGGGGAAGCCUCCCUAAACGAGCUGGGCUGAAGCGCUGCGGGAAGAGCUGCCGGCUGCGAUGGCUCAACUACCUCCGGCCGGGGAUCAAGAGAGGCAACAUCUCCGACGACGAAGAGGAGCUCAUCGUCAGGCUCCACAGACUCCUCGGCAACAGGUGGUCGCUGAUCGCGGGGAGGCUCCCGGGGCGAACGGACAAUGAGAUCAAGAACUACUGGAACACCACUCUGAGCAAGAGGAUGCUGCUGACGGCCCGAGGGACGAACCAGCAGCAGCAGCAGGCGUCGACGCCCAAGCCGCCGCAUUCCAGCAGUGUGGACGCGCCACCUGAUCAUCCGGACACGAGCAGCAGCCCCAUCCGGACCAAGGCCACGCGGUGCACCGCAAUGCUGCCUGCCCACCAUGACCCCAUUGCAGAUCAGGUAGUACAAGAGACGACGACGACACACAUUGAGCAGCAGCAGCGAGGUUUGGAUGGGGACGAGGACCUGUCAAUCGAGCUCGAUUUCGAAGGGAUCGAGCUGGGAUUCCUGUUGAGCCCGUGGCGCGUCAGUGCUGAUGGUGAUCGUCAUGAGUUAGGUGAUUGUGGAACUCAUGAGGCUGAUCUGGAGGAGCUGCUAGGACUGGGACCAGACGGGGCUCAAUCCCAUGGUGGAGUCCCGUCGCUGGGGGACUUGGAGUUGCCGUGGCUUUGAAUCCAUUCCCGGUCUGGCUGCGGUUCGCGGCGCUGAGAUAUCUUUGCUACACUGCUCCCGUCCCGUGCUUUUGCAACGGUUUGCAUCCAUCUGCACAUCCGCUGAGUGAGGUGAAUACUUCAGCUAAUUAAGCGCGUCUGUCGUGUACGUACGAAAUUACCGAUUGUAUUGUGCACCGCUAGCGAUGUAAAUAAAUUGGGCAGUGGAGAACUGUUUCGGA